CUGGCUAAUAAUUGUUGAAAACUCAGUCAAGGAUAUCGAAUCACUCUACUUCUCGUUUUAUACUUCCUAUACACGAAGCGCAGGCGCAUCAAUCUUGCCAUGGCGCGUUUCUUUCUCCUCGCGGCCCUGCUAGCGCCCAUCUCUUCCGUCUACGCUCAGUGUGGCGCAGGCACACCCAACGCCAAAGUAACUGGCUCCGGUAACUCCUUCACGGCAUCCAGAGGCUCUACCAACCUCUACACCGGCUCCGACUACCGCCUGGCGAUCCAGACAGCCAUCGAUGCCAUCACCAGCGGCCAGCGCGUCUCCGUCAUUGCUUCCGGCUCCAUUGGCGCAUCGACCCUCACCAUCCAAAGCGGCAAGACCUUCGAGGCAUGCGGCACCAUCAAUGUUGCCCUCAAAGCUGGGCGCGGUGCCAUCGAAGUGACGAACGCUUCCGGCGUCAAGAUUCCCUAUCUUACCAUGACCGGUAACCCCUACUUUGGCCUACGCUUCUUCGGCACCAAGGACCUUGAGCUGGGUGACAUCACGUUCGAUCUCAGCGGCGGUAUGGGCAUCCGCUUCGACCGCGACCAAGCCGCCAACACGAACGUGAAGAUGGGCACCAUCAACUGCAAGAGGACAGGCAGUCACUGCGUCGAGACAUGGAACAUCAACCAGCUCCAGAUCGGCUCGGUCAUCGCGAAAAACGUUGGCGAGUGCGGUUUGCUGCUCCAGAAAGUGACCAAUGCAAAGGUCGGCCUCGUGGACGGUGACAACGUCGCCAAAGGAAACGGCUACGCUACCCUUCGUUUCGCAAACCAGGCCGGUAAGCUCAACGGCGGGUACAACACCAACAUCUUCAUCGACAGGGUGAAGUCCCGUGGCGGUGGUCGCGGUAUCUUCUGCGUUUCUGAAUCCGGUGCUGCUGAGAUUGGCACCAUCGACUUGGCGAACAACGGCAACAACGCGAUCCUGCUCGAGAACUGCUACAAUGUCAAUAUCAAGGGAGGAACCGUGAACGGUGGCGGACAAGUUAGGCUAGCGGCCAGGUCCGAAUUUGCCAACAGUAAGGAUAUUGCGAUUACGCUCAAGGUCGAUGGCACCGACGUCGUAGAGUCUCCGUGCACGGCGAACAAGACCAAGUGGAAGCUUACGGGCACCGGAAAGAAGACCAUUUGCACUUGAGUAGCACUUCACGUGGACCUCUGGCAGUUGUCGGUGCGAGUGGGCGUGAUUGUCGCUCCUAGGCCAGCCUGGACCUGUUGUUAGUGCCUUUCUUUGUAUAUACAUUUUGUGAAAUAAUGCAACACCUAGCUGUGCAUUCAAACCCAAUAGACUGAGACCAUUCUUGACUUCGAGAGCAUGACACG